AUGGCCGACGAGCAGCUCCAACGGGACCAGGCGCAGCUCCGCGCUGCGAUCAAAUGCGUCUCGAACGAGGCACUCAAGACGCACAUGCUGGCGGCGUUGGAUACGUUCGACGCGUCCAGCAGCUCCAGCCAAGCGACUGAUGCAGCUAAUACCAGCCCAGGCUUCGUGCGCCCGCCUGACCGAGUCGUCCGAGGUAACGGUGUUCCGUCGCCUGUCGUCAUUCCGCCGGUGGGCGGAGGAGACGCAUUUCCGCCAGGUCUUGGAGGAGGUAACCCGGAUAUGCUGGUCGGACCUGACCAUCCUCUCUUUGGUCGUCGCGGUGACCCAUCCGCUGGACCUGUGCCUGGUGCGCGCUUUGAUCCCUUCGGACCCCCGAUCGACCCUCUCGGCCCCAGCGGCAUUCGGCCACCUCCGCGUGGCCCAGCACCUACGAUGCCAUUUGGAGGACCUGGACCUGACCACAUGCGCAUGCCGCGUGACGACGAUAUGGACCCUGGUUUCGGCUUUGGGGGCGGGCGAAACAAUCGUGGUGGCGGCGGGUUCUCGCAGCCAUUCGGCUCGAACAACGCCUUCUUUUAA